AUGAGGAUGGACCGAGGGGAGAAAGCGCAGGCGGCGCAGAGGGCUUCUUAUGCGUGGGAGAGCUCCCAGCAGCCGUUACCCCCCAGCAGCCGAGGCAAAUGGGUGAGGCUGAAUGUCGGCGGCACCAUCUUCCUAACCACCCGGCAGACCUUGUGCCGCGAGCAGAAAUCUUUCCUUUGCCGCCUGUGCCAGGGCGAGGAGCUGCAGUCGGAUCGGGAUGAGACUGGCGCAUACCUCAUUGAUCGAGAUCCAACUUAUUUUGGACCCAUUUUGAAUUUCCUCCGACAUGGGAAACUAGUACUGGAUAAAGAUAUGGCUGAGGAAGGUGUUUUGGAAGAAGCUGAAUUCUACAAUAUCGGGUCUCUGAUCAGACUAAUAAAGGAGAGACUGGAGGAAAAGGACUACACUAUAACACAGGUGCCUCCAAAGCAUGUGUACCGAGUGUUGCAGUGUCAGGAGGAAGAGCUCACGCAAAUGGUCUCCACGAUGUCAGACGGAUGGCGCUUUGAACAGCUGGUGAAUAUUGGGUCAUCCUAUAAUUAUGGGAAUGAGGACCAGUCGGAGUUCCUGUGCGUGGUCUCGAAGGAGCUGUGCGGCUCGCCCAGUGGUCUGUGUCCUGAGCCCAUCCGGAAAGUCAAGAGCACAGAGGACAACCCAGAGGAGGAAGAGCAGAAGGAACAGGAGCAACAGCAGCUGCAGGAAGUGGAGCAGGAGCCAGAACCAGAACCAGAACAAGAGGAGGCUGAAGCGGAGGAGGAGGAAGAGGAGGAGAAAGGUGCAGCAAACCUCUGAGGAAAAGUUUGCUGAAAACAAUCCCCAGCCUCUCACGCCUUCUGCUCCCUUCUGGUGAAAGUUGGUGGUGGGGAAGCACCAGGGGAGGGGCGCCUGGUAAUGCCUCAGUGGGGGGAGCGAGCAAUACACAGCGGCCAAUGGCUCGGCAGGAGAUGGCAGGACGGUUCCUUUUUGGCAGCUGCUGCGUUUAGGUGUAAACGGUUGUGUUUUCUAAAAUUCCGAAUUUGUAGCAAGUUCAUCUGCCCAGGAGUCUGCCGUUUCCCUAUCUCUUUCUGUCGUUUUUGGGGAGCCUUUCAUUUUGCUUCUGCUCCUCUGUCCCUUUCUCACCCCACCUUCCUGUGAGUGCCAGUCUCUUCUGCGUCUCCCUGGGCCAAGAAUCCUUAUUCUACCCUCAACUAAGGGCCAAACCAAACAUUCUGUUGGUUUUCCUUAUUCUUGUGUAAAUGCAUGGGCCCCUGAUUGGGAUCAGGGCCAUGAUACUCUGGGAGGGGGCAGUUAACCCCCCACCCCCACAUGCCUUUCCCCCAAAAUCCCUACCCCAGGGGGAGGUUUAAAAAAAGUCCCCAUUUGGAAUCAAUGGAGGCUUUCCCCCCCUUUGAU